AUGGUGUGGGGCAUUUUCGAUAUUCUUCAAGCUUCCAAGAAGGUAUCCGACCCGUUCAAGUUUGAUAUCAGCAGCUACCUGCAAGACAAGCUCUCGGACAAGGGACAAAGUGUCGGCUCUGUGGAAUGA